ACGUUGAAUCAGACACACCACUGCACUCUCGCCUCGAUAAGGCCAAUGGCAGCUUGGCAGGGGUGUUUGGCUCCGUGAAACCUUGGGAAGAGGUUGCGAAGCCAAACUGCGGACUUGACCGCGAGCCGCUAAAUGAACAUCAUCCCCCACGUUCAAGCUUAAAUUCAACAGAUCUCAGAACGAAUCCUCAAAGAACAAGAAACAGAACAAAUUUGACAAACAUACUCCACUAUGUCUAGUCUGCAAGUUCUUCUGCCACUAUUCGUUCUCCACGUGAUUCCUUUUGCCCUCGUCAUGGGUUUGCCAUCAAGAGGAGCAACCACUCCGAAGGUCUUCGUGAUAGGACUUUCAAAGACCGGCACUACGUCUUUGGGAGAUGCUUUCGAGCUGUUGAACUAUAGCCGAUCAGGGUGGACAGACAUUUGGUCCCGUUAUCUUUGCCACCAAGCAAUGCUUGCAGGCCCGAACCUUCGACCUGUCGUGUCAAUGUCUGAGAAAUACCAGAUGUUUGAAGACCUUCCUUGGUCUCUGCCUCAAGUUUACACCAACAUGAGCAAGACAUACCCAGACUCAAAAUUCAUCCUCAGUUUGAGGAAAUCAGAAAAAGUCUGGCUUGAGAGCAUGAGAAGACACACUCGAUCCAGAAUAUGGGAAGGGCAUAACACGAUUUAUGGCGCUUACCAGGUGGACGGAAAUGAGGAGAUGUUCUUGAAAACAUAUGUGAAUCAUAUGAGAGAUGUUAGAGCUUUCUUCGCAACCGACGAGAUGGAGGGGCGAGGAAUGGAGAUGGUCAUUGAUGCACCAGGGGAAUCCGACGACAGUAGAUGGAGGAAGUUGGUCGAAUUUCUGGGUAUUGAGAUUCCUGGAGGCGUUGAGACGUUGGGAGAAUUUCCCAGAAGCAAUAGCGGUCGUCUGUGGACGAACAAAGAUCCUCUAAGUACACUAUGUGGGAGCCAUUGGCAAGUUACUUGCCAUGGGGUUUUGAUACGAGUGUGGCCACAGCUUCUUUGCCCAUUCCAAGGAUUGCUGGGAUGAUGGACAAUAGACAAGGAGGUUCUUCUGUAGCUCAUAUCUGCACCGAACGCAGACUGAGGCG